GAGUCGGGCCUGCAGGACAUGCUGGCAGCGCUGCAGGCGUCGGUGCGGGACAAGGAGGAGACUCUGCGGUCGCUCAAGACUGCCCUCGCGCUCUCAGACACACGCGCCAAGGAGGCAGCUGGGCAGCUGGAGCCGCUCAAGGCGGAGCUGCAGCAGCUGCGGCUGCAAAUGGACGAGCAGCAAGCAACGCGGGAAGAGGAGCUUCGGCUCGUGGGGGCUCGAAUGGAGGAGCAGAAUAAGUCACAGGAAGCAGAGCUGCAACAGACAACAGCAACCAUGGAGGCUAUGACAGCAGCACAUGAGAAAGAAAUGGAGCAGAUCAAGAGAGCAAUGGCUGCAGCCAGGACAUCAUAUGAAUCAGAAGUUCAACAGCUCAAAGAGAGCAUGGCAGCAGCCAAGGCAUCACACGAAACAGAAGUUCAACAGGUCAGGGACAGCAUGGCAACUGAGACAGCAUCCCAUGAGACCCAAUUCCAGCAGCUCAAGACCCAGCUGGAAUUGUCCAAGGCAUCACACGAGGCAGAGCUACGCCAGCUGCUGGAGGAAAUGGAGACAAUGAAGGCGAGUCAUGAGAGGGACAUGGAGCAGAUGAAGGCAACCAUGUCUGCACCAGAGCGUGUGGCUACAAGCAGUGUGGGUGCAGGCAGUGCCGCACACAGCAGUGGGGAGGUGGCAGCGCUGCAAAGGAGGGUGGCAGAGCUACAGGCUAUUGUGGACGGGAAAACACGCGAGCUGGCCCUGGCAUCAGAAUCAUCGGAGGGGGAUAUGCAAUCCGUACUGGCACAGCUGGAGGCCUGCAAGGACCAGGAGAGGAGGCACGGCGAGCACGUGCAGCAGCUACAGGAAACCCUAAAAACCUACGAGCUGUCCCAGCUGCGAGCCCAGGAGCUACAGUCUGCCAAUGACGAGCUCCGGGACCAAUCCGAGCGGCUUUUAGCUGAAAUCCGGAGCUUAGAGGUGGUGGUGGCGGGCGUGGAGUCGUUUGACCCCCGCCGGCCGAACCACCGGGUGCGGCUGCUGCGGCACCCGUCGUUUGUGUGCUCGGUGUGCCGGGGGAGUGGGAGCGGCAUUGCGUGGCGGUGUAUCACUGGGCGGUGUAGUGACUCCAUUCACCUCUCUUGUCUGACCUCAAGGUGAUGAUUGAUGAAAGCAAUGGGAGGAAGUGUAGUUGGAGCUGCGUGAAUUAUAGAAUGUGGACAUAUGGUAGCAGACAUGCAGUGUAAGGAAAGUAGCUGGGGAUUAAGUCCCUUGUCUGGAAAAGGAGGCAUACAGUAGUGAAAGCUAGAUCUAUAUAGUAGUUGGUAUGCGGUUUGAU